GAUGGUGCUGCUUGGGUCGCAGGGAGAAAUGCUUCGCUGUUCCAGCUUCUUUGUCGCCGUCGCACUCUGGGAUUCCACUUUUCUCGGAUCCAGUUCUCGCACGUCUCUGGAGCGAUCUCUGUGUGUUUGGGUUGGGCUGCCCAGAGGCCGUCCCACUAUUAGGCUGCUGGUGGAAGUAGCAGUGUGAGAGGCGAAGCAAAGCGCAGAAGGGACAACGCACUAGGGGUGCGUGGUAGGGCUUGUAGCGGGUGGAGACGAGGCCAGAGAGGAAGCUCGGAUCUUGCACAUGAUUAGCAAGAAAGCUCCAGAGAUUUGAUACGGUAUUGAUGUUGUGAGAUAGGUGUUUUGUGUCGCAAGGAAGACUCUGUUAGCAUAGUCUUCGUCACCGUGUGGUUUUGAAGGUUUAGGGGUUGGCUUGCGGGAGCGGAGCGGGGUGGUUCAGGUGUAGCGGUCGUGUUCAGUGUUUAACUCUGUGGAGCUGCGAAAAAUAGGUCUGAGCCAUGAGCGCUCCGGCGAAAAAAGGGGGUUUCCUUUCCUCCCUCACCAGCACGUUCGCCAACUUUGGCAGCGGUGCGUACACCAAAGUUAACAGUUUACUGGGACAUGAGGGCUUGGAGGUAGUCAACCCUGAAGGAGGGCAGGAAGAUGUUGAGGAAGAGGCGAUCCGCGGCAGGUUCAAGCAAGAGGAUAGAGAAAGUUAUUGGAAAAUGAUGCACAAGUACAUAGGUUCUGACAUUACUUCAAUGGUGACACUUCCAGUCAUCAUAUUUGAGCCCAUGACUACGCUUCAGAAGAUGGCUGAGUUAAUGGAGUACUCUCAUCUUCUUGAUUUGGCUGAUCAAUGUGAAGAUCCUCACAUGAAGAUGGUUUACGCUUGCACUUGGGCAGUGUCAGUUUAUCCCGCAUAUCAAAGGACAUGGAAGCCUUUCAAUCCUAUUCUCGGGGAGACUUAUGAAAUGGUGAAGCAUAAUGGCAUCACGUUUUUGGCUGAGCAGGUGAGCCACCAUCCGCCAAUGAGUUCUGCUCAUGCAGAGAAUGAACAUUUCUCUUACGACAUCACAUCAAAGUUGAGGACAAAGUUUCUUGGCAACUCUGUGGACAUCUAUCCUGUUGGAAGGACUCGGGUUCUUUUGAAAAAAUCAAACAUGGUUUUGGAUUUGGUGCCUCCGCCGACCAUAGUCCACAAUCUUAUAUUUGGACGAACUUGGAUCGACUCCCCUGGAGACAUGGUGAUGAGUAACCUUACCACUGGGGAUAAGGUUAUCCUAUAUUUCCAACCGUGUGGCUGGUUUGGAAAGGGACGCUACGAGGUUGAUGGAUAUGUUUACAACAAAGAUGAAGAGCCUAAAAUACUGAUUACUGGCAAGUGGAAUUCAUCGCUGAGUUGUCAGCCCUGUGAUCUCGAAGGCGAACCCCUGGAGGGCACUGAACUUCAGGAAGUGUGGAAAUGUACUGAGCAACCCAAGGGUGAUAAAUUUCAGUACACCCAUUUUGCCCAUGUAAUCAAUAGCUUUGAUACGGCUCCGCAAGGUCUUCUUCCUUCUGAUUCUCGAUUAAGGCCUGAUCGUUAUGCCUUGGAAAUGGGUGAUAUGAGCAAAGCUGGCUCGGACAAAACAAGUUUGGAGGAAAGGCAAAGGGCGGAGAAAAAACUUCGAGAAUCAAAGAACGCGGAGUUUGCUCCUCGUUGGUUCAACUUGACUGGUGACAAAGCACCAACUCCUUGGGGCGAUCUUGAAAUAUACGAGUACAAUGGUAAAUACAGUGAGCACCGGAAGCAGGAAGAGGCUAAUGCAGCGGGGAAGACUGUGGAUGUAGAACAGUUAAAAAAGAUUCCUUUCAACCCCUGGCAGUUUGAGCAAUCUGAAGGUCAGAGCGUGGCUUAUGGGGGACAAGUCUUGCCUGUGUCUCAGUCAUCUUAGGUCCUGUUUCCAGUUCACUCUGAAUCUCUUACCUAGAUAUGAUGCAUUUACACACAUAUAGGCAGCUUAUGAAACAAAAGUAGUUCUCCAAGAGAGAUACCUUGUAACCUGAUUGAAUUAGACACUUCUACGCGUAUGAGAGAUUUGGGUCAUGUAUGACAGGAGAUAGGGGAUGUUGCAUGACCACAUUUGCUCUUCUGACGUCCAUUUUGUUUGCAGCAAGAUGGGCUCACUAUUUUGUUUAGGUAUAUGGUGCUAGGUUUGCUCAAAGAAUAUUUCUUUCUCAAAUGUUGAGAAUUACAGCUGUAAAGAUUUGUUUACCUGGCAACGUCUGUACAUGACGAACUCUACCGAGCUCAUUACCCCAUUUUAACCCUGUUGUGACUAUUGGAUUCUACCCUAUAUGGGUCGAUUUUAUAAUAUGAAGCCAUACUUAACUGUGGCCCAUCCUAACACGUAA